UAAAAGGAUAUGUAGAAGGGUGAGCCGGUUAAGGAUCGAUUCAGACAAGGUGGUAGAUUGUACGACAAGCGACAGGUUUAUUCAGAGUAAAGAUAUCUGGUACAGCGUAUAUACGGGCCCCUCUGUUAGCUCAUCAGAGACUAGCAAAAAGGACCCUUGCUAACAGUGAGUACAAGCUUCAUAUACACAACAGAAAGUAGGUUGAUUUCUAGGAGAUCGGAUCUUCGGAUUGGAUCAGGCUGGGGUGUAGUCAUCCGGCAUUGGCUCUGUUGUCUGUCCGUCAUCGUAGAAUCCUGCCAUGCCUGUUCUUGGUCGUCACACCAUGUUCAGCUGAAAAGGAGAUCUGGUGUGUGCGCUAUCUUCAGUCAUACAAUGUUCGGCUGGGAGGGAGAUUAUGUGUGUGUGCUAGUUUGUCUCUAAGUCUAGGCUUUCUGCCAGUCUGUGGGUGUCUUAUCUGGGUGUCCUCGGCAGCUAUGUGUGUAUUGUAUGUGCGUCGUCCCUGUCUUCUGGGGUCAGUGUGUAAGAGCGUAUGCGUCCCUGUCCUGUCCUCAAGAGUCCGUGUGUAAUGUGUGUGCGUCCCUAUCUUCAGGGGAGUUAUGGCCGAACUCCCGGCUAGCACCUGUGGCUAGGAGUAUCCUGUUGUGACAGUGUUCUGGAUGAUCUAAGUGAGUGUGUGUGUGAGAAAUAUCCUGUAUGGGGCCCAACCUGUUUUACUAUGAAAAUACGUUGUCCCAGCUAUAGUAGUGUAAUGUCACCUACAUAAGAAUUAGCAGUCCUCUACAAAUGACAAUGCCCAUUGCACAAAGCGAGGUCCAUACAGAAAUGGUUUUUCGAGAUUGGUGUGGAGAACUAGACUUUCCUUCACAGAGCCCUGACCUCAACCCCAUCGAACACUUCUGGUUUGAAUUGGAACAUCGACUGCAAGCCAGGUAAAAUCGCCCAACCUUAUCAAUGCUCUUAUGGCUUAUGGAAGCAAGUCCCGGCAGAAAUGUUCCACCAUCUAGUGGAAAGCCUUCCCAGAAGAGUGGAGGCUUUUCUAGCAGCAAAGGCGGGACCAACUCCAUUUUAAUGCCCAUGAGAUGUUCGACGAGCAGGUGUCCACAUACUUGUGGGCAUGUAGUGUAUUUAAUCAUGGCUGCAGCUGAAUGAAUGUACGAGUGUUCAGAAAAAUCUAACGAAAUGAAUUAGGCUACAAUAUGUUGAAAUAAUAAGAGGCAAAGAAAAUAACGUUAUCCGUGCACUGUUAUCCAUUAUGACGUUUGCAGAUAUUUUUCGAAUCAGCAAGAUUAGGACACCAGAAAAUAAAAUAUCACAUUACGAGAUCCGCUUAUGCAAACAGUCUGUUCUUUGCCGGCGUGGUCAGACAUAGGUCUGUCCCCAGCGCGAGAGCAAAAAGAUGGCUAAUAAUGUGGAUGGGGACGAGCAACAACCAUUCCCUGCUGAAUGUAAGAUCAUCAGAGUUACUGUGAAAACACCAAAGGAAAAAGAGGAAAUCGCCAUUCCAGAGAACAGCUCCAUCAAACAGUUUAAGGAGCAGAUAGCCCAGCGGUUCCAGGCACAAACGGAGCAGCUGGUACUCAUCUUCGCUGGGAAGAUCCUCAAAGAUGCAGAUCAGCUGAGUCAUCAAGGCAUCUACAACGGACUGACCGUCCACCUGGUCAUCAAGACCCAGAGCAGGCCUCCGGAGUUGUGUACCUCUCCUUCCAACAGCACUGCCUCAGAACAGGCCCAACCAGAAGGUCCUACCUCUGUCCCUGGACCCCCUCCUUUAGAACCUACCUCUGUCCCUCGACCCUCUCCUGCUUCUUCAGCCACCCCUACCUUCAGCCUUGGUCUAGGCAGUCCAGGGACAGCUGCUGCGGGGCCUGGUCUCGCUGAGCUGCAGAGGCAGCUGAUGUCCAACCCUGAGCUGCUGGCCCAGAUUAUGGACAGUCCCUUGGUCCAGGGCAUGCUGUCCAACCCAGACAUGAUGAGACCGCUCAUCAUGGCCAACCCCCAGAUGCAGCUGCUGCUGCAGCACAACCCCAACAUCACCCACCUGUUCAACAACCCUGACGUCAUGAGACAGACCCUGGAGAUAGCACGGAACCCGACCAUGAUGCAGGAGAUGUUGCGCAACCAGGACAGGGCACUAAGAAACAAUGCCCUCCGCAGGAUGUCCACUGAUGCUCAGGGACCCAUGCUAAAUCCCGCUGCUCAGGAACCGAUUGCAGGAAACCGUUUUGCUUCUCUGACAACCUCGUCACCAGGGGAAAUCCAGUCCCCCCGGGUAGAAAAUGGAGACCCCCUCGCCAACCCCUGGGUUCCCCCUGCUUCCACAGACACCCCUAUAGGCACCGCCACACCCACCACUACCCCCACCCUGUCCAGCAAUGGCCCUCAGACCAGCCUGCACAACCUAGGUCCCGCCAUGGGAGGUAGAACAUCCAACAGUGCAGCUAUGUUCAAUAGUCCGGGAAUGCAGAGUCUUCUGCAGCAGAUCACGGAGAACCCCACACUGAUGCACAACAUGCUGUCAGCCCCCUACAUGAGGAGCCUACUCAACAGCCUGAGCCAGAACCCUGACCUAGCAGCACAGAUGAUGCUGAACAACCCACUGUUUUCUGGGAACCCUCAACUGCAGCAGCAAAUGAGACAACAACUCCCAAUGUUCCUCCAACAGAUGCAGAACCCUGAGAUGCUGUCGGCCAUGUCCAACCCCAGGGCCAUGCAGGCACUGCUGCAGAUCCAACAGGGACUGCAGACCCUUGCCACUGAGGCACCUGGAUUCAUACCAGGGGUUGGACAGGGAGGUGCCGGCUCAGAUCUUAACCCUGCCCCUGGAUUGUCAUCAGACCCCGCCCCUAGUGACCUCAGCAGUGGGUCCCAGGUAGUCACGGAAACGGGUCAGCGGCAACAACAACAGUUUGUGCGUCAGAUGCUAGAUGCUCUCGCUAGCACCAAUCAGCAGGCUCAGACUGAAGAGCUGCUGUUCCAGGAGCAGGUGGAGCAGCUGACGACCAUGGGUUUCCUCAACCCAGAGGCCAACCUGCAGGCCCUCAUCGCUACCGGGGGAGACGUCAACGCCGCUGUAGAACGACUGCUGGACUUGCCAUCCUUGUAAUACACACACACUUCACAUGAGCACAUACAAUUAACAAAUUCACGUGCGCACACUCACUUGUACAAUCAUGCAGUUGUACGAUCAGAUGCUUGCACAUACUUCACUCACAGAGAACUAGUGAAACAUGCACUCCUGAAUGCCAUUUAUAUUGUAUAUGUAAGCUGCUGAACUGUGAAGUGCAGGCCUGUCUGUGCUGUAUGUUCUGAAUGGCCUUAGUUGGUUCAGGUUCUAAUCUGGAUCAUGCUGGUUUCUGCCACAUUCCUUUAUGCAGAGUCCCAUCCUACCUAAGAGUCCCAUCCUACCUAAGAGUCCCAUCCUACCUAAGAGUCCCAUCCUACCUAAGAGUCCCAUCCUACCUAAGAGUCCCAUCCUACCUAAGAGUCCCAUCCUACCUAAGAGUCCCAUCCAAGACUCUUAAGAGUGAAUAUGCUGCUAGUCUCGCAUCAAUAUGUAUUUCCCUGCUGCUACCAAGGCCUUAAACUCAAAUCAGGAAAAUAACCCAAGGGUUCCCUACUGGUGACCCUUGAGAGCAUGUGUAUAGCAGUCUUAGUUGAGUGUGUAUAUAUAUGUGUAAUGUGAACAGACUGCAUUCACAAUGCACUAAAUGCUAUGUGUUCUUUUUACCACUUCAUUGUGGUAUAGACUAGGGGAGGCCAGUUUUGCCACUUCAUUGUGGUAUAGACUAGGGGAGGCCAGUUUUGCCACUUCAUUGUGGUAUAGACUAGGGGAGGCCAGUUUUGCCACUUCAUUGUGGUAUAGACUAGGGGAGGCCAGUUUUGCCACUUCAUUGUGGUAUAGACUAGGGGAGGCCAGUUUUGCCACUUCAUUGUGGUAUAGACUAGGGAGGCCAGUUUUGCCACUUCAUUGUGGUAUAGACUAGGGAGGCCAGUUUUGCCACUUCAUUGUGGUAUAGACUAGGGGAGGCCAGUUUUGCCACUUCAUUGUGGUAUAGACUAGGGGAGGCCAGUUUUGCCACUUCAUUGUGGUAUAGACUAGGGGAGGCCAGUUUUGCCACUUCAUUGUGGUAUAGACUAAGGCUUGCACAGCCUUGGAUAUGAGUGCAAACUUGUAGCACUGAUAUUGAUGUAGCAGUGAUGUCCAAUCAAUAAUAAGUGUGCCUGUGGCUUUAGAUUUAUUCCCAUUUGAUAAUACAAUGACUCACUAUGUAGCUCUAUUUACCUCUAUGUAGCUCUGUGCAUUUUAUUAACUCUUACAAAAUGUACUUUUGACUUGCGUGUUAUUUCAUGGUUAUUAUAGGCUAUGUUGUUUUAUUGUCUAAUGUUCAAACCCUCAUAGUAUGUUCUUUAUGCUCCUACGGUUAGGCUAUAUAUGGAGGAUGAAGUGUUUUUCUUUCUAAACCCCAUGUUUCAUUUUUUUCAUGUCUUUAAUGUAUUUAUUGUACAAUAGAAAUGUAUUAAUUGUACUGCACCACUGAAACUGGCUUAGUGUAACAAAAACCAUGUGCUCUGUCCACCACUGGAGGGCACUGUUGACUCCUGCCUCCUUGAGAGAAAAUAUUCAAUUCAGGAGCCAUUGAAGUACUGCACAUGCAAAAAACAGGAGCAGGAAUGGAAUCUUAAUAAUAUACCUGAAUGGAUAGAGUAGAAUCUUUUAGAGUGCUCAGCAAAGCAAUUACUGAAGUCACUUUCUUAGCACAUUGCCAGUAUGGUGAUGAUACCAACUGCCUUGGAAGAUUGUAGCCUUCAUCUUUUUGAUUUCAGCAUUUAAUUUGUAUUCAUUCUCCUGUGUGCUGGUUAAUAAAGUGAAAUGGAAAAAAAGA